AUGUUUACAUUCUUUAUAGGUCCGAUGCCGAUUUCAGUGGAUAGAGAACGCCGUGCGAACGCCGGAGCCCGGAUGGCUCGGUUGCUUAAUGAAGAGGAAGAAGAUGAAUUCUAUUCCAAUAUUUAUGGUGGAUUUGCAGAAGAAGAAGAAGAUGCAGAUUAUCAGUCAGAAAGUUCAGUUGAAGAUGUAAUUGAUUCUGAUUUCGCUGAUGAAAGUAGUGGAUCUGAUGAAGAUGACGCAACAACAAUAGCAUCGGACGAUGAUGAGAACAAACGCCAAAAGCGUCAAUCUAAUCGUGUUGUUACAAAAGGUUACAAAGAACCUAAACGUGCUAAAAUUACUCGUUUUCAAGAAAAUAAGUUAUCUGAUAAGAAGGCUAAUAGUGAUAAGAGUUUAACUGAUCCUCAGAGUAAAUCUACCGUACAAAUUAAAGAUAGGCAACAACAGAUAACAGUAACAAAGAAGACUUCAGGACAGAUUUCAACUUAUGAACGACCAGAAUUACGGGCAAGCACAUUGCAAGCUACAGCUGAUCAAGAAGCCGAAACCACUCGUAGACGAAUAGCCACUGCUGAAAAUACAGCUGUUCGUCGUAAAGCUUUACUAGCUGAAAUCGCUCAGCGCAAAAAUCUUCCGGAGGUUCGACGUUUAACUCAAGAGGAAUUAUUAGCUGAGGCAAAAAUCACGGAAGAAAUUAAUCGUCGUUCUUUAGCUCGAUACCAACGCUUAGAAAUUGAAAAGAAAAAGGCACGUAUUCAAAAAACGGUCAAUUCCACUCCAAUGAUUCGUUAUCAUUCAUUUACUGUUCCAAUUAUUGAGGAACAACACAAUAUAUACGGAGUGUUAGCUAAUAAUGAUGAUGAGUCAAGUAUUCGAGCUGGUCCCAUAAUUACAGAUCAUUCAGCUAAAUGUUCAAGAAAUCUUAUAACGUUUGCUAAUGAUGUAUGUUUUCGUGAUUCAAUGCCUGAAACAAUCACUCCACUACCAGAACCUGGUUGCCCUGCUCCUACUCCUAUACGUCCAGAACGUCGUUUACGAAUAUGUCCAAUUACUGGUUUACCAGCACGUUAUUUAGAUCCAUUAACUUUAACACCAUAUGCUAAUUUAGCCGCAUUUCGUGUACUUCGACGCUUAUAUUCUAUACAUUUAGAAACAAAAAAGCCACCAAUUGAGUUAUUACGUGAAUAUCGACAUGGUCGUUAA